GCGUGGCUGUGCUGUCACACACCUGCUCAGGUAAGCAGUGAGGUCAUCUCUCUAGGGCUUUGCACUCCCCCUCCUUCUCUUUCCUGGGAGGAUUAGGGAAGGGAGGAGUUGUGUGUAUGUGAGAGACCGGAUCAGUGACUGAGGGAGAGACUGCCAGGGAUUUGGAUGAAGAGAGAGCAACAGGAGCAAGAGAUUUGUGUACAGAGAGAGAGCGACUGGAUCAGACAGCAAGAUAUUUCUAUGGUAGAAGAGAGCUGGAGACACACACAGGCAGGCUACUUUAUGAUGUCUAGUACAAGACAAGAAGCAUGAGUCUCAUAGGGACAUGGUGUAAAAAGUGCAAGAAGCAAAGGAACCGAAUCAGAAGAUUCAGCUUAUAGACACAGAAGGACAAGCGUGAGGAAAAAUAAAGUUCUCCUGGGUAACACCAGGGAGAGACACCCAGCGACUGAGAAGAGACACUUUCCACCAUGAAGGACCGGCUGGAGCAACUGAAGGCGACUCAAGACACCGAUGACACAGAUGAUGUCGAUAUCUCCAUUGACAAUGCUGCCUUCAUGGAUGACUUCUUUUCUCAGAUUGAGGAAAUUCGGCAAAACAUUGAAAAGAUAUCGGAAAGUGUUAUUGAGACAAAGAGACUGCACAGCGUCAUCCUAUCAGCGCCACUCCCUGAGCAAAAAACAAAGGAUGAAUUGGAGAACCUGACUCUAGAGAUCAAGAAAGCAGCAAACAGCGUCCGAUCACGAUUAAAGGGAAUGGAGCAGUCUAUAGAGCAGGACGACAUGCAAUCUUCUGCAGACCUUCGAAUACGGAAAUCUCAGCACUCGGUCCUCUCUCGGAAGUUUGUGGAUGUUAUGACAAAGUACAACGAGGCCCAGGUGGAUUUUAGAGAGCGAAGCAAAGGACGUAUCCAGAGACAGCUGGAGAUCACUGGUAAAAGUACGACAGAUGCUGAACUGGAAGAAAUGCUGGAGAGUGGAAAUCCUAACAUAUUUACAUCUGGGAUCAUUAACGACUCCCAGAUUUCCCGCCAGGCUCUAAGUGAGAUUGAGUCCAGGCAUCGGGAUAUAGUACGGUUGGAAAGCAGCCUGAAGGAGCUCCAUGAUAUGUUCAUGGACAUUGCCAUGUUGGUUGAGAACCAGGGGGAGGUGACAGAUAAUAUAGAGAUCAAUGUCAUGAACGCAGUGGACCACGUAGAGAAAGCUCGGGAAGAGACUACAAAAGCUGUGAAAUACCAGAGCAAAGCCCGAAAGGGUGCUCUUAUAGACCGUAUAGAAAAUAACAUGGAUGAGUCGGUGGGUUUUGUGGAACGAGCAGUCGCCGACACAAAGAAAGCUGUAAAAUACCAGAGUGAGGCCCGGAGGAAAAUGAUCAUAAUUAUUGUGGUGGUAAUUAUCCUGCUAGCGAUUUUGGCUCUGAUCAUCGGCUUAUCUGUGGGACUGAAGAAAUGAGCCUGUUACCGUGAAGUUGAGCAAAUGCACUUUGUAUCACUCCAUCCGCCACUCCUUACCCUUCAGUAGCAACUGAUCCUAACUACCUCCCCAGCCUUACCCUGCACUGUGGUCCAGCUUCUCUUCGGGUCCCUAGCCAUGGAUGGAUCCACAUGCUGGAUUCCUGAAGAGAUCCCUACCACCCAGAUCCUUGGAACCCCUGCUGAUGUCUUGGGCCUACUGCAUCCUCCGUGACUUAGUUCCUACUCUUGCCUGUGUUACGUGCCAUUGACCUGACGGGAGUGACAAUUUUGUAUUGACUUAGAACCUAGAGGACGGAGAAGACAUAUUGGUGUUUCUGUGGAGCAGUCUGAAAACCUGGGGCGUUCAUAUGGGCAAUAGGAUAAAUCACAAUUGCACACGCCAACAUUUAAUGGAGUCUCCUCUUGCUGCGCCUCACACCUGGGUGCUAUUGUCAGACACAGCAGGUGGCUGCUAUCCUCAGACUAUAUAGACAUGCAGGGGAGAAAAGCCUUACUUCUAUCCCACUUUCCAGCAUGAUUGAUUCGUCCCGCUCCGUUUUUCCAUCUGAUUUCUAAUUAUAGUGAUCUGGGUGGAAUGAAUUGAUAUUGAACACAAUGUUGACUACAUUGAAAUUCCACUCAGGUGAUAUUGUGAGCAAGCUGUGCUCUGGCUAGUGUAAAUCCUAUAUGGGAACUUUGCAAUGACUUGAAGUGAAAUGUUAUAUUUAUACUCGUUUUCUUAUAAGCUAGACAUGUAAAGGCUUAUUCAGUAAAUGUUGUGUGACUAGCAGAACUGUGCUGUAACCCAAAGCAGCCAAUCGGGCUUUGGCUUUACUUAGUAACUUGCAGUUGGACUAAGCAAAGCUGAUCUGCAAUUAGUUGCUGCGUGUAACAGCAUGUGGGGUCUCCUGGCAUUAUGUUAUUAAAUAAGCCUUGCUAUUUCA